GGUGUUUGUGUGUCAGGUGUUUACGCCGACGUGGAAAACAUGGAGGAAGAGAAGGUCCUGCCCGUCAUCGACCUGAGCCUGGCCAAGGGUCACACGCGGGCCGGCCUGGUGAAGGAGCUGCACGAGGCGCUCACCACCGUGGGCUUCAUCUACCUCAAGAACGUGGACGGCUACGACGAGGAGGCGCUGCUGCGACACUCCAAGUGGUUCUUCAGCCUGCCGAUGGAGCAGAGGAUGGCCAUCUCCAAGAAGUCUUUCAACCCUAAGUGCAGCAACGAGUACCGCGGAUACUUUCCUGUCAUCCCCGGCGCCGUGUCCCACAAGGAAGCCUUCGAGAUCGGGCCGAAGCAGGGGAAGCCGAAGGAGGGACUCAUAUCGCUGGAGGAGAAGUUCAUCAUCGAGGACAACCAAUGGCCUCUAGAGUCUAGAGGAAUCCGAGGAGGGCAGGAACUUCAGGCAUGGAUGGAGGUCUACCACGAGAAGAUGACCGAGGCUUCGCGGGAGCUGCUGAGCCUGAUCGCGGAAGGUUACGGAGCACCCAGCGACUUCUACGCCGACAUCUUCAGGGAUCCGCAUCUCUCCACGCUCCGGCUCAUCCGCUACCCGGCCAGACCCAACCCGACAUAUGAAGCCCGUGACGGUGACGCGGUGAUCCAGACGGCCGAACACCAGGACACCACGAAGGUCACGCUGCUGGCCACCUUUGCCGAGUACCCGGGGCUGCAGGUUCGCUGGUGGAAGGACGACUCCAUCAUCGACGUGACGCACAAACCCGGCCACCUCGUCAUGAACAUCGGCCAGCUGCUCUCCUACACCAGCGGCGGGCUCAAGGCUACCAAACACCGCGUGAUCGACUGCUGUGGUGAUAG